UACCCACGCCCUUGUUUCCAUUUUGCUCUCUCUCAAAGUUGCCCAAGUCCUCCCCACAACAACAACGGAAGACCUCUCCUCCGGUGUUGAAAAAGGUAGUUUUAGUAUUCUCUGGUGCUAUCUUAACUUCAAAAUGCCCAAAGUCAGACGAUCAUCUUCCUUGUCUCUUGAUCGAUCUAGGGCAUCACCUUAUCCUUGCACUUCUGAGGAUGCUGAGCAAUACAAGUUGAAUAGUCCGUUGGAAAGCACAGAGAAUACAAAAGAAUGGGAAGAUACUAGAUGCCCCAUCUGCAUGGAACACCCACAUAAUGCUGUUCUUAUAAAAUGUUCCUCUCAUGAGAUGGGCUGCAGGCCGUACAUGUGCAAUACAAGCUACCGGCACUCAAAUUGUCUUGACCAGUUUUGUAAGUCUUCUGUUCCUGAGUCCACAACAAUGAUGUUGCAAGAACUUCCUCUGACACACACAGCCUCUCACGGUUCUAGGGAAGAAGAAUCGCUGCCUGGGCAAACCAGCCCUUGUGGGAGUCAGUUGCAACCACAUCCAGCUUGCCCUCUUUGUCGGGGAAAGAUCUAUGGGUAUAUUGUUGUAGAGGCUGCUCGUCACUUCAUGAAUUGCAAAGUGAGGAGCUGCUCUUCUGAGACAUGCGACUUUAAUGGAACUUAUUCAGAACUGAGGAAGCAUGCGAGGUCUGAACACCCUUAUGUCCGGCCAUCAGAGGUGGAUCCAAAUCGUCAUCGUGAUUGGAUGAGAUUGGAACGUCAAAGGGACUUGCAAGAUGUACUUAGCAUAGUCCAAGUAGGGUCUGGAGAUGAUAUUAUUCCGGAUCCAUCAACAGACGGUGGCUGGAUGACUUCCCUUUUAAGUGCUAUGUUUCGCUCGUUUGAGAUUAUGAUUUUUUCUCAAUUGAUGGAGAGUUCAAGUGACAUGGAACAAACUCAUAGUAGAAGAUCAGGGAGAAUGACUAGGGUCCAGCAAGACAAUGACACAAUCCCUGCUACUAGAAGGAACAACACUGUAUCAGAUAGCACAUCCCGUCCCAGAGGUCUACGUUGGCGAGCACCAAAUAAUAAUGUCGAGACAGCUCGUACCUCCAGAUUGAGCCACAAUUCCUUGUCAGGGGAGACUAGCCAUACCUCUAGAUGGAGCAACAACUCAUUGGAGGAGGCUAGCCGUGCCCCUAGAUGGGGUAACUCCUUAUCUGAGGAGGGUACUAACCGUGUCCUUAGAAGGGGUAACAACAGCGUAUCGGAGACUACCCGUCCCUCCAGAUGGGGCAACAACUCUGUGCCAGAGGAGAGUAAUCGUGUCCACAGAUGGGGUAACAACUCUGUGUCAGAGAGUAAUCGUGUCCACAGAUGGGGCAACAACUCCUUAUCAGAGGAGAGUAGAUGGGGCAACAACUCCUUAUCGGAAGAGGCUGGGCAUGCCCCUAGAUGGGGCAAUACUUCUGUACCAGAAAGCACACCCCGUCCUCGGAGACUGAGAUGGAGAAAUCAAUGGCCAACGUACAAUAACAGAAGUUCAAACAUUUGAGUCUGCGCUUUUCAAAUAAUGUCUGCUCAGGAACGAUCAUGCCAUCGACCAAGAAGUAUUGAAUCAUUUGAAUGACAAAACAAAAGCAUGGAGUUUUAUUUGUUGGAACAAUAUUUAACGGCUUUAGGGCUUAGGCUCUUGGGACACUCCUGUCUUGGUGAAUAAUAGAAUGUUAAGCAUAGAUUUUAUCUCCUCCAUUUUUUUUUUGGCUAGUGAUUGUUAAUAUCUAGUUCAGUACUAAAUGAACUCAGAAGCUUUUGAUUUUUGAUUUUUUUUUUUAAGGUAAAUCUGUGCUUUACAGAA